UGUUCCGUGAAUCUCGCUUAUGUAAACAACCGAAAAAAAGAUUGCAAAAUGUGGAAGCUCUGCGAUGCAACCAAAGAUGCAACAUUGUUUCUUGUUGAGCAUUUCAGACAAAAAAAAAGAGCAGCGAUAGCUCCCGUGACAAUACUCAUCUCCGCAUUGCAUCGUUCAAAAUAUAGGAGAGAUCAGGGUGAUAGGUCCCCCUAAGGAAUGACUCGUUUAUAGUCAUAAAACGCACAUAAAUAUCCAUGCUGAAAAUCGUGAUAAUUGUCUUUUAUGUAAUAAAGCGAGAACAAAUUGACAUAUGUGUUCCAGCCUAAAUAUAUGGCACCUUUGACUAUCACUUAUGCCAAACAGGGUUAUCGUAUGCUUAUAGGGCACUGCAUGAAAUUAUCUCCUUUUUCACUCUUACAGAAAUUUUGUAAACAACAAGGCCAAGAAACGUCAAAGCCCCAUACAAAAUCAAAACAAUGCAGUGCCCUAUGAGCAUCUGCACGAAUUUGCCUACAUUUGCUACAAAUUUGUGCGCGCUGAUUUUAAAUUUUCUGUGGGGGUGAGGAGUAGGCCAGAUUCGUGCAAAGGCUCAUAACAGUGGGGUGGGUCAUUUCACUCCAAAGGCCCUACAUAUGUACUUCCAUCGAAUGCAUCCCCAUCAGCAUGGCCAAGCAGUACACUUCAGUCUAUGUCCAACUGAGGGUCUGUAUAGAAACGAAGAACGUCGUUGCCGAGCUCCUGAAUCCAGCAUGAAUCGCAACCACUUAACGCUGUUUGGUUCCUUGCUCUUGAUAGUGAUUCCAGUCUGCUGCUCUCCUACCUUCUCAGGUUUCGGUUAUGAGUUACUCUCCGGAAAAUUGGAAGCGAUGGAAGCUGAAAUCGUAGCUAUCGGUAAAUCAGUUGAAAAAGUGACCCAUUCGUCAAAUCCGAUACAAAGUGCUGAAUCCGUCUACGCAUCCUGUGAUAAAGUGCCAUCGAAAAAAUCCGGCAUCUACAAAGUGAAGACUAACCUUCGCGAAGUGACCGAAGUGUUCUGCGACCAAGCAUAUGACGGUGGCGGUUGGACGGUCAUUCAGAAUCGCUUCGAUGGAUCCGUCAAUUUCUACCGGGAUUGGAGCGAGUAUAAGGAAGGUUUUGGCAAUUUGGACGGAGGGGAGUUUUGGCUGGGACUGGAUGUGAUUCAUCAACUGACGUAUUCGGCACCGCACGAGCUGGUUGUGUUGCUCGAGGACUUUGAUGGCAACUCAUCGUAUGCCAAAUUGAACCGAUUUGAGGUGGCCGGUGAGCAGUCGUCGUACAAAGUGACCCUUGCUGAUGGAUUCCGUGGACCUGCUGGAGAUUCGUUUACUGAGACCAAGGGCGCAAUGUUCAGCACUUUGGAUAAGGAUAACGAUAUGUGGGGCGACAGCUGUGCAGUAGCAUUUAAUGGAGCAUGGUGGUAUACAUCAUGUCAUUCAUGCAAUUUAAAUGGCAAAUAUUUGAAAGGCAAUACGGCAGAGCACGGAACUGGAAUGGUUUGGAAUACAUUUAGAGGUCCUCAUUAUGCAUUGAAGUCUUCUAGGAUGAUGAUAAGAAAAAAGAAAUCGUACCGUCGAAUAGGGUAACUUUCACAACACUUUUUUACUUUGAAGCAAUAUCAUUGAAAAUCUGAAACAUAGGGUCUAGGACCAUUUGGGAGAAGCACCUAUUUUGGGCACUUGCUGCUAUAACUCAGCCAAUUUCAAACCGAUUGACAUGAAUUUUCGCACAUGGCUAGAUACUGUGCGUAUCUGAUCGUGUCUCAAAAAUCAAGUCAAUUGGUUCAAAAUUGACCUGAUUUAUAGCAACAAGUGCCCAAAAUAGGUGCUCCUGCCCAAAUGGUCCCAGAUCCUACUGUAAAGCAUCGUGUACACUAAUUACCACGAUCUAAAUACUAUGCAGCACUUGAAAUACGAAAUACAUGCUUGUUACAAGUUACCCCGUUUGACGGUAACUUUUUUGUUUUAUUACGGUU